GACGGUUGGGUCGGCUUCAGGACUGUGGUUCUGAACAAACAACUGACAGCAGCUGAUUUUCAUAACGGAUAUUUACAUCAGAUACAGAAGAGCUCAGCCAAUCAGAGCUCAGGACAGUUCGUCAGUAAAAAAAGGAAAAACUGAGGAGAAUAAAAAGAUAAACUGACAGAAAAUAUUGUUUGAUAAAAACCUGUUUUUACACAUUUAUUGUAUUUAUAUUUGUAAACAAUAAACAAGAUUAAAACU